GUCUGGGACAAGCCUGAUGCCUGCCAGGAAGAUCUGUUCGUUUGGGAUUACAAAGACCAUGGGGUACCUGAGAGCUCAUAAAUCUGUAAACCCAGUACUCAGGAGGAUGAGGCAGGAGGAUCACUGCAAGUUUAAGGCUGGCUUGGACUACAUAGUUCAACACCACCCGGAGCCACAUAGUGGCUCUGUCUCCAAAAACAACGGAGGAGGGAGGAAGAGGAGGAGCCUGGUUCCAGCUGGAGUUGGCAGAGUGGCACAGGUACGGACGCUGUUUGUCAGUGGCCUCCCUAUGGACAUCAAGCCCAGAGAGCUGUACCUGCUUUUCCGGCCGUUCAAGGGAUACGAAGGGUCCCUCAUCAAGCUCACCUCGAGACAGCCUGUUGGUUUUGUGAUCUUUGAUAGCCGGGCAGGUGCAGAAGCAGCCAAGAACGCACUGAACGGUAUUCGCUUUGAUCCUGAGAACCCACAGACCUUGAGGCUAGAAUUUGCUAAAGCCAACACCAAGAUGGCCAAGAGCAAGCUGAUGGCAACACCAAAUCCUAGCAGCAUUCACCCGGCCCUGGGAGCACAUUUCAUCACGCGGGAUCCCUAUGACCUGAUGGGGGCUGCUCUAAUCCCUGCAUCCCCGGAGGCCUGGACCCCUUACCCUCUGUACAGCACGGAGCUGACCCCAGCCAUCUCUCACGCUGCAUUCACCUACCCGGCUGCCACUGCGGCUGCCACCCUGCAUGCUCAGAUGCGCUGGUUCCCGUCCUCUGACGCUGCCCAGCAGGGAUGGAAAUACCGCCAGUUCUGCUAGCGCUGCAGUCUUGUCACCAGGGAGCUGAUGCUGGGACCGUGUGGUGGGGCCAGUAUAGGGCCCCAAGUUCCCGCCACCCCCGAGGCCCGUGCAGAGCUCUUGCUCCCUCCAAAGACUGUGAAUCUUGCAGCUGUGGCCCAGCGGACAGUGUCCAGUGUCCCUUCCCUCCUCUUCCUCAGUAUUGUGCUAUCCCAAAACCCUCACCCAGGGCCUCCCGGGAGGAUUUGGGGCCCAGCCAGGCCUGACCUCUAGCCCUCAUUUGCUUCUAUAGCUGCUCCACAGGGAAAGGUGUUCAAUUUUGCAUGUUUUCUGGCACGAAUGAAGACACUUCAGCCUGUGUAUAUGAAUGUACAGUUCACGCCGUCGCCAUAGCAUUGGGUCCUGGCAUGCUUGGCCAUCCCGGUGCCUGGUCCCUCCUGCCACACCCCACCCCUACCCGUCCCACUUCUGGGAGGCCUGGCGCCUGCAGCGCCCACACUUCAGGCUGUACAGGCCCCACCCAGCAGCUGGCCAGUGUCACCUUUCCUUUCAACCCAAGGCCCAGUGGCCCCCUCUGCCCACUCUGGUCACCUCUCCACAGUGCACCCCACCCCUGCGCUCCUCACUCUUUUCAAACCUCAAAUUCAGCCAAAACGUGGAAAGUAUUUUUGUACCCUGUGUAACAAAAUAUUUAUGCAUCAUAAAGGAUUUUUCAUGUGUGUUCCAUUAAUUAUUAAAGAGACCUUGUUCGCCCUGUCAGAUACAUUUUAUGUUUAGUUUGAGCAAUGAAGAGGAGGCGGUUUCCGUUCUUCAGCAGGGAACCCUGUGUCAGGCGUGGUUUAAGGAAAAUGAAGGAAAAGUCCGUGCAAUUUUUUGUGUUGUGAGCAUACCGUGCUUUACCUUUAGUUGUGGCCACAACUGUCUUGCCAUUUCAGACAUGGGGGACAAGGUGGCUGUUGUACUUGCUGAUCCUGUGAAAAUGUGAAACUGGAUAAUAUAU